CUAAAAGCAUACGUCUUAUGAGUAAGAUAUUCUUUUCGAUUGCGAUUAAAUAAAGUAAAAUUGACUAUAUACAAAUACCGUGGACUCUAGCUCCUUACAGUUCAUUUGUGCAUCAAACUUCGAACCAUAUAGAACUCCAGUCACUUGACGGUGUUCUGAGCUAGAGGAUUGAUAUCCCGAUUGAGCAUUCAGUAACGUGAGCCCAGGUCUUUGAAUCGGUCUUUAAUCGUUGUAAAUGUGAACUAAUAUCAACAUCUAAUUAAAUUUCAUCUCUAUUUUAAUCAUUUUACUUGCAAAGUGAAUUUUAACACGAUACACAUUAUCAAAGAAAAAUAUAUUACCGCGAACAUACGCGAAGAUUUGAAAUUAUAUUGCCGUGUAAAAAGCAAAAAAAUUUGAAUAAAUAGUAAAUUUUGUUAUAAAAAAUAUCUUACCGCGAGAACGCGAAGAUUUUAAAACAUGAACAUUUAUAAAUUUUAAUACAUUUUGAUAGUGCGUCAUAAAUAAGUGUCCUGUGUUGCUACUGCUGGUGCCUUGACACCUUACCUAAACCUGUUUAAGACCAACUGGACUACUACUCUACUGUGGAGUAUAAUAGUUGACCGAGAGAGACUUCACUGACACUUUAAUUUUUUUAAAUACAACUAAAGGUAACAUACUACUUCAUUAUGCUAUCCACAAAUUAUCCAAUCAUGAAUAGAUAUUUACCAUAUAAAAUUGAAUAUAUUCCAAAUAAUGAUAAUAAUAGGCGUAGCAAGUGUAGAUACUGCAGAAUAUACAUUGAAUCUCCGGAUACAAUGAGGAUUGCGGAAAUCCAGCUGAGUCAUCUGUAUGAUGGAGCUAUGAGCAAAUGGUUUCAUAUUUCAUGUAUUCUGAAACAUGACAAUCAGAUUACAGUACGGAAAAUUUCGAAUCUAGAUAACAUUCGAUGGGAUGAUCAACAACUGAUAAGAGGAAUUAUUGGUGACAAUAACGCCCUACCAAUAGAAAACAUCAACUUCAAUUAUGAUGAUCUUCGAAGAGAACAGAACGUUCGGUUUUUUCAAUUAAGAGAUGAAUUAAACGUAUUAAGUGACAGCGAAUUGAUCGAUAUGAUGGAAUUUAAUUCUCAAUAUUAUCCCUAUGAACAUAGAUAUUUGCAAGAUGGUGAAUUACGUUAUAGCGAAAGAGCUACUCUAUUGAACGAAGUCACUGAUCGUAUGUUAUUCGGAAAACUGGAAAAGUGCAAUUUCAGUCAUCGGCAUGUAGAUGGAUAUUUAGUAUUUGAACCGAACAUUGGGUAUAAAUGUAUGGGUUGUAGAAUGACACGGGCAAGAUGUUUGAAUAUUAUUUACAAACCAACCAGAUCUCAAUUUGAGUUGCCGCCGAGAGUAAUGGUAAAAUCGCAAUUUUUUCAAGAUUACGAAUGUCGAAUUGGAGAAAGACUAUUUUUAGACAAUUCUGCAAGUGCGGUCGUCGAUGAAAUUGAUGAAACUAAUAGUAUUGUAAUACUACGAUCAAACAGCGAAAUCGGAGCUUACACUACGAUUUUUCAAGAUAAUCAAGGCGUAAUAUAUUCAAAACUUUUUAUACAAACUGAUCUUCAACUAAAUAAAAAUAGGUAUUACCACCUCGAAAUUCGCAAACACUUCAGAGAUGAGAAAUAUUGGCUUCUUCAAAGGUGGGGAAGAAUAGGAACACACAUGGGUGAAAAAAUGCUUACACCACUGACGCUAAAUGAAUGUUUUGAAAAAUAUGAAACAGCCAUUUCAAAACGGAAGAAGUACAUUGAAAUUGAUGUUGACAUUAAUUUUCAAAAUAGGAUCGAUAAAAUAAAUAGUAUCCCAACAAAUCCAAUUGCAAUGCUAAUGAAUCUUAUUUAUGAUAAAAAUAUUUUGAAAGAAGAAUUUAUGAACGAGUUCCAUAUUAACUUAAAUGAAAUACCGAUUGUAAAAGCAUCGGAACGCCAUAUUGGAAUAGCUGAAACAACUUUAGAGGAAAUUCACUCACUUAUUGUUGGCCAUGAAAGUGAUGAAAAGAUAUUCAAGCUGAUAGAUCGGUCUAAUGAAUAUUAUUCAUUGAUACCACAUGCAUUUGGUAAGCAACGACCUCCAAUAAUAGAUGAUUUAGCAAAGUAUGAAAGCGAGUUAAUAAAAUUAAACUCCUUGAAACAAAUGAAUGUUCCAUGUAAUUUUAAUAAUCCUCAAGUAGAAGACAACAGAAAUCCAUUGGAAAUCUUUUAUCGAAAGUUGAAUGUAGAAAUAGAAGUGCUUCGUCAAGACGACGAGAAUUUUCAAAUAAUUCAUCAGUACGUCAGCAAUACACAUUCACGUCGGCAUAAUAAUUAUAAAAUAAAAAUUUCAGAGAUAUUUUCACUUAAAAAACAUAUUUAUCAUAAAAAGUAUGAAGAACGAUCGAAUACUCUUGGAAAUAAAAAAUGGCUCUGGCAUGGGACUAAUCUGACUAAUAUACCUGGUAUUCUAUUAAACGGUUUCAGAAUAUUGCCGCCUGAAGCUCAUGUCACGGGAGUUACAUUUGGGGAAGGCAUCUAUUUUACUGAUAUAGUUUCUAAAGCAGCAAAGUUUUCUGGUACCCAAUCCCAAAAUUCAGUAGGUAUAUUGUUGUUAUGUGAAGUCGCACUAGGUAAAAUAAAAGAAUGCAAGAAAAAUGAUUCUAUAAACCCCGAUGGAUAUGACUCGAUUCUGAGCACAGGUAACAUUUCGCCAAACCCUUCUGAAUCGUUUACGAUUCCUGGAGAUAUAGAAGUUCCUUGCGGAACAAUGGUUAAUUAUAUUAAUGAUCCCAAUAACUUGCACCAUAAUGAAUACGUCGUUUAUGAUUCAGAUCAAGUCAAAUUAAUAUAUCUUGUUCAAGUAGAAUACAAUUAUGAUGUCAAUGAAAGCCAUAACUUUGGAUUUUAAAGCUUUAAUUUUGUACUUUUCAAAGACGGAAAAAAAUCCCCGUCAUUCAAUAGAUAUUAACGAAAGUUGAUAAAUUUUCUGCAAGAUUUUUUAUAAAUUUGUCGUCCGUAUGUCUCUCUUUUUUUUUCUCUAUGUGGAAUCGGAUACAUUUUACUCUCUCUUACAUAUUUUUGGUAUACACUCUUAUUUUUUUGUCAAUAAGGUAAAUGUCCCAAUACCGGAACCACGGAGGGUAUAUGACUGAUUUUUAUCGUUUUAAAAAUAUUCAAAUAAAUUAUAAACCAAAAUAAUUUAUUACAUCAUAUAGAAUAGACAUUUACCAAUUCAAAAAUAAUCAAAUUAGUUCAUUUUUCUUAAAUUUAAUAUAAAAAAAAAAAAUUUUUCUAUGACACCCAAAAGACCCAAUACCGGAACGCUGAAAUAGCCGUGUCCCAAUACGGGAAUUCGGUUGUCCUAAUACCGGAACAGUAAAUAAAAUAAGUUAUUUUUUGCAUUUAUUCAUGGUGAAAAUAUUAAUAAUUAUUAAAUAAUAUUAAUGUAAAACGAGUAUGAAUGUAGCUGAAGUCAGAGAACUUUAAAAUUAUAAAUAAAUAAGAUAAAUAAUUAAAAAAAUAAUAUUU